AUGCCCCCUUCAAGUGAGCAGGACUUUAAUGUCACUUUAAGCCAGUCCAAACAUCCUAUAAAUUUAUCUCGAAAAACUAAAUUGACUAGAGUCCAUUCUCAAAAUAAGACCGAGAAGAAAAAUGGGGAUUCUAAUGAUCUUAGUAAAAAAGCUGGAACAUUGACCGUAGUGACCAAGCAUAGAAUACACAGAAACAUGAUAUCGCCUGACAAUCCAAUUUUGACACUUCCUUCUCAACCGGAUUCUAUAAUGACAACAACAUCAACUAAUAGGCAUCCUCCUACUUCCCUCUAUGAGGUACCAUCUAGUAUGUCUAUAGAUCUAGAGAAGCCAAUGAUUUUGGAAGGAAGAGCAAAGCAUAUGUCUGUCCAGUCAGAAUUUUCAGGUAACCUGAUUAAUCUUGAUAACUCACCAUCAAGGCCUUAUGAGGGAAAGCCUAUAAAUAUUGAAUGGGUUCCUCGAAAACAUGCAGACAUUUCAUAUGAGUACAAAUCAUUGAUCUCACCAUCUAGGAAUAGACGAAAAGAGCCAUGUGUCCAACAAAAUGGAGUCCCGAUGCCAAGUUUCGAAGAUAGUCGUCCCCAAACCCCGCUCCAUGAAACUACACUAGGAUCUAUGCGGCUUAAAAUCAGACCUUCUCCGCAUCCCUUCAUGCAAAAUCAGUCUCAUUCAGAUGCAUUUGGCACUUCCGAUCCCAGCUUAAAUUCUAAUCAACCUUCGGGAGCUGUUCCUGGGGACGGUGGAUAUCACUGUGGCUUUGAUUUAUUAUACAAUGAUAAUGUUGUUUUGGUUGGCUACGAUGGUGGUAUAAUAAUAUAUAACAUUUCAAAGAAGGGGCUAUCAAAGACCUAUAGCCUUGAAGGUCUACGAGGGGGCGUACAUAACGCUAAAAUAAUUCCUUCGACUUCCAAUGACCUCAACACUGAAGAUUUUCCACUGAUAGCAUUGGUUAUUCAUGGUCCUAUAUCCUCUCAAACCGAAUCAUCAGAAAAAACAUCGAAUUAUAACGACGGUAUUGAUUGGGAAUCAUCACACCUAUAUAUUGAUUCAGAGAACACUGGAUAUUUUCAAACAACUGUUGAAAUUUAUUCGCUAUCUGGCACGCAGAAACAUAUUGCUACUUUGUUAUCACUACCAAAAAUACAUCAGAACAUCCCAACAUCGAACCAUGUUUCAAAAGCUUCAGGAGCAGUUGGCGCCCUGAAUAUUCAAGCUGACAGGGGAAAUUUGGUAGUAGCUUCCGGUAUAACAGGUGAAAUAUGGAUUUUUCGUUAUGAUAUCUAUGCUAGACCUUCAGAUAUUAGAUUUGACUGCAUCGGUAAAUUCUGGACAACUGUACAUCGCGAUGUAGCUGUCGACACUGUGAGUCCUAAUGGGCUUGAUGAUUGGAAACCUACAGAAUCCCAGCUGGCGCGAAAACCGUUCAAUUCUCCAAUUUUAUCUCUAAAUGGGCGCUGGCUCGCAUAUUGCCCUCCAACUCCCUCAAUGCAAACAACUCUCAGAGCAGUCAUUCCAGGGCUGAAGCAAGGGGUUAAAAUUCCAGGUCUAUAUACAUCAAAUCCGCCUCCAUUACCUAGUGUUAAUUGUAACGUCGAAACACCUGGGAGUGGUAGUGUGGUGAAGCAGAUUGUCCAGAUUGGUACUCAAAAAUUUAUUGAAGCUGGAAAUUUUCUGGCUCAGCAAGGGAAGCAAGCCUGGACUAACUACCGAAGCUCAAGCUCACAGUCUGCUGUUGGAAAUACAAUUAACCAGUUUUCAAUAAAUAUAAGUCAGAAGCCUAAUGCAUCUCACGAUGUAUCUGUGCCUGCCCCUAUUGUCACUAAAAAUCCUGGUCUCAUAUCACUGCUUGAUCUCGAAACACUUGGACAACAUAUAUCGACAAAUGGAGUAUCAUAUCACCCAUUUACCACAUUCAGAGUGCCUCAUGGUUGUAGUUUUCUCUCUUUUUCGCCAAAUGGCCUUGCACUCUUUACCGCUAGCAACAAGGGUGAUAUACAGUUUGUUUGGGAUCUAAUGAGAAUACAGUAUGCCAAAAAUUCCUUACUGACAUUGGAAACUCUAGAUGCAAGUAGUAAUAGUCCUCAUAUUCGAGAAAUAGCACAAUUUUCCCGAAUGACGGUUGCUCGGAUUGUUGAUGUAUCUUGGGCUUCUCCUCAUAGUGAACUUGCAGCAAUGGUAACUGAGCCAGGAACAAUUCACAUACUUGACCUCCCACCUGGGGCAUUCACAUGGCCACCCUCCCGUCGAAAACCGAAUAUGCAGAACUUAGGUGAAGGAGUUAUCGAUAGUUCAAAUUCUGUUUCUAAGUUAACAGCGACGGGAGUUGCUACAAACGCUGUUAACUCUUUGUGGACUGCUGCCCGGCCACUCGUCAGUGGGCGACGACGAAGCAGUACAUGUCUUUCGGCAAGAACUAUGACAUCUCAAGCCGGACAUGGGACGCAGGCUUUGGCUGCCGGCAUCAGCAGAUCUGUGGGAGCCGCUACCGGAAAGAUGAAUGAAAUACGAAAAUCCAGCGGCACAAAGCUUCAUUUACCUCGUAAUUCUAGUGUUCCCACAAAGACCUGUGUACAAGUUGUUAGUAACAAGCGAAAAGACUUGGUCUUUGCGAUCUCUAAUGGAACCGUUCGCCAGUAUUCAACCAAAAAAAGAGGGUCCCAUGGAACUUCGGGUAAAAAAACAUCUGUUAAGAUGUGUGCUGAGUAUAAAAUUCCAGUACCUGGAAAGUACUGUGGCUCUUUUGAUUUAGCCCAGAAUUUGAAUAUCGAAGAACUAGAGCUUACGGAGGAAGAUAUUGAAGAAAUACCUUGGAAGGCCAAGCAAUCAUAUUCGCCAAACGAAUUUAUUCAGUUUACAGAUUCUUUUAUCCCACAAGCCGAGAUAGAGUCAAAUUCCCCUUAUCAACCCCUUCAUACUGAUAAACGCGUCGAGCUACAUGUUUAUAACUGCCCGGAUACAUUUUUGCCAUCCCAGUCAAUAUCCUCUUUUGAAAAAAAUGAUGACGUGAAAGAAAAAAAAAGCGGACCAGAGAAAGCAUGGGUUUUUGGAGGGCCCAUCAUGACAACUAAAGUCGAUGUUGGCCCCAAGUAUACUUCUAUCGAUAAUCCUGACGAUUUAAUAAAUUGCUAUUCGCUUCCUCAGUCUACUAUGGAAAGUGUCACGAGAACUUCUGAUAACUCAAAUGAAUCUGAGCAGAUUCUAAUUACAACUAGACGACGAAAAUUUGGGAUAGAGGGUUCCAAUGAUGAAUGUGGAUUCUUCGAGGACGACUGUGAGAUGUUAGAUUUUGCAUGUCAGAUAAGGUGA